AUGAUGGAACCAGCUUCGCAAAAUCAUGAAAGAGCCAUAGUGAUAGCAGAUACAUCGCGAUCCGAGACAAAAAACGAUAACGAUAUCGGAAAGCUCAGCUUAUCGCAGUUUCCAGAUGAAUUGAUUCUGGAAAUUCUAUCAUAUCUAGAUGUCGACGAUCUAUUAAUUGCUUCAAGACUUGGACAAAGACCGUCUAUUAAGACAUUGGUGGAAAAGAAUGUUCUGCCGAAGGAAUGCUAUGGGCAUGGAAAGGUGGCGCCGGGCUUAGUAGGUAUUAAGAGGAAGGUAGAGCGAGAGAGGGUGAAAGAUGGGCUGAGAGCUUGGGUGGAGGGGUGGAAGGGAAGGGUAGGGGAGAGGGAAAGGGAGGUUGAGGGGACGAGGGAGGGGAAGGUGGAGGUUAGAUGGUUAGUUAGAAGGUUUGCUAGGAGGGAUGGGAAUGAGAGUGUUGUGGGGAGAGGAACUUGGGGGAGAAAGGUUGAGCGAAGGGAGCUACCGGCAAGGGCGAAAGUUUUGGGUUUGAGGAGGUUUUGGGAAAGGGUUGGGAAAGAGGGUGUGGGAGUUAGAAAUGUUUAUGGGAAUAUUUAG